ACAGGUGACAGAUUCGGCUUCAGUUUCGGUCUGUGUUCGUGUGAAGCGGAUGUGAGAACACUGCUGAGCCUUAGAGCAGAAACACACACACACACACACUGAUGUGAGCGUCAUUAUCAGGUCCAGGUGAAGAUCCGCAUCCAGGUCCAGGGUCACAGUUUAUCCAAGAAGCAGCAGAAAUUCAUCCACUUGUGCUUUGUUCCAGUUUCUCCAAACAUUAUUCUCCUUUCUCAGAACACAGUGUGUACAUUAACAAUGACAGUUUCGGAGUGUGCUGAAUCAGCACAGCAUGAAGGUGAAAAUGUGGACCGCAUUGAAGUAUUAUUUCCAGACACUUCCCCACAGCCACAGACUCCGCCCACAGAACUAAUCGCAGCCGGUACCAGAGAGGGCAGAGCCACAAACCACUCCCCAGACCACGCCUCACACCAUGGCGUAUCCCAAUCUCGCCUGUCUCGAGGUUUUGCGCACUUGUUGCGUAAGAAUCAGGACUACAUCCGGAUCAGCAUGGUCGAGCCACGCCCCAAGCGCCAGCACCUUGAGCAUCUCCCAGCCGAAUGGUGGAAAACGGGUGUGUCCUUCCUGUGGGCGGGGACUAUGUUGUUCUGCACCACUGUUAUGAUCACUGUGGUACACGAGCGCGUCCCGGAGAAGGAGAACAACCCGCCGCUGCCCGAUAAGUUCUUCGACUAUGUGCAACGUGUGGAGUGGGCGUUUACCGUCAGCGAGGUCAUCGGCAUCGCACUAACGCUCGUCUGGACCACGCAGUGGCUCUGUCUCAAACACAAGUCGAUCAUCGGUCGUAGGUUCUUCUUCAUGAUGGGGAUCCUCUAUCUUUAUCGCAUCAUCACCAUGUACAUCACCACACUGCCCGUCCCCAGCACACACAUGAACUGUGCUCCCAAGUUGUAUGAUGACUCCGUGGGGAAACUGUCUCGUGUCUUCCAGCUCGUCUCAGGAGGAGGUUUGUCCAUCACAGGCUCACACAUGAUGUGUGGUGAUUUCCUGUACAGUGGUCACACAGUCAUGCUCACGCUCACCUACCACUUCAUCAGUGAAUACUCUCCCCGCUGGAUGUGGUGGUAUCAUGUGAUCUGCUGGGUGCUGAGUGUAGUAGGUGCGGUCUUCAUCCUGGUAGCUCAUGAGCACUACAGCGUGGACGUGGUGGUGGCGUAUUUCGUUACAUCACGCCUCUUUAACUGGUACCACACCAUGGCCAACAACCAGUCUCUAAAAGAUUCUCCUCACAAUUAUCUCUCGCGGGUCUGGUGGAGGUUCUUCUUUAACUUCCUGGAGAGGAACGUUGAUUCGGUGGUGCCCUGUACGUUCUGCUGGCCGAUCGCUUUGCCCACUUCCUGCCUCAAAACACCCUGUGACUCGUACUCCAAAGUGCUGACUUUAAACCGAGAAGAGUGACACUUACACACACACACACACACACACACACACACACACUCUCUCUCUCUCUCUCUCUCUCUCUCUCUCUCACACACACACACACACACACACACACACACACUCCCACGCUCUCUCUCUCUCUCACACACACACACACACACACACACACACACACACACACACACACACACACACUCGGGACAUUACAUUACAGGCUCUCAUACACAGCAGUAUUUUACAGACUGAGUGUGUUGUGUGUUUGUGUGUUUGUUCUGAAUAGAAGAAGAAAAAGGACAUAAUUUAUUAUUUAAAUAAUAAUAUAAUAUAUUGCUAAUAAUAAUGAAGGAUGUUUGUGUAAUGAGUGUGUGUGUGUGUGUGUGUGUGUCUCGGCUGCGUGGUGUUAGUGAGUAUACAGUUCUCCUUUACUGACUACUGUAAAUUUUUAUGAAAAUGUAUUUUAUUUUAUUUGUGUGAAUAUAUUUUGUAUGUUUGUUGUGUAUUUGACCUGCUAUAUGAUAAUGUACAAUAAUAAACUAUUUUUUCUAUAAAAAC